CCUCAAUUUUCAGGCCGACCGGAGGCGUAAUCAAAGAGGGGCAACAAACGUCGGCAAUAAAGACAACUCGAAACUCCCAACCCCAUCAAUUCGUCACCCUCUUCGCGAGAAACUCAUUCCAUCACAUAUCCUCGCUCUGCUUCCUUCCUUAGCAUUUACUCUCCCUCGCCGACCGAUCCCGCUUAACCGAUUAAACAAUGGAUCCCGCGAUGCAGUUGCAGACCACCAGGGGAUGGUACGAUAAGUUACGGCCAGUCCGGGUGGAUCUGGUUGGCGAUUACGCUGGGGAGGAGUUCUUCCUCAUAGAUGGGGAUUCUCUACUUCGCUGGGUGUUUGGGGAUGAGAGAAUCGAUUUUGAUACCGGAUUUCAACUUCUACAUGCCGUCUACGUUGUCGAGAGCUUUCUACAGCAGCUGAGCUCCCGGCGGUGCAGGUUUUCCGUGGUUUUCUUGGAAAGUGAGCUCUAUCUUUUAUCCUGCUGGGUGUUUGUCUGUUUGGGUUGAUGGGAUUAAUUUGCCUUCCUUAGUCUCCCGGAAUGCUUGCAUCCCCUGUUCGCCAGCGGCGGAACAGAAUGCCUGGAAAUACCUUUUUGCCCGCUCGGCUAUUAUCGAGCACAUGAAACGUAUUGAUCACCCGCAGGGCCUCGUCUCCACUUUCGGGAGUCUCGCGGAUCCAGAGUUUCGGCGAUAUCUGGACUCUACCAGACCUUACUUUGUCAUGUAUCACGACGGUUCCGAUGCAGGCCGUUCCAAACAAAAGGCUCACGAGAAGCCGGAUUGGGAGGCCGAAGGUGCCAACCAACGGGAGAGCGGUAGCGAUAUGGAGGAUAAAGACGCCACGGAUUCCCCGCCGACUGGAUACGUAGACAGCGAUCUUGACGGUUUGUUCAAUCAAGAGGGGUUGCUGAAAGCGGGGAUCCGGGAAUGGAUGUCUUUGGGCUUCAGCAUUGCUCUUAUGAACGAAGUCGUGUUCAAAGACAGCAAGGUAUGCGCCAUUGAUAGCCGGUCUGGAUACUCUGGUUGACUGGUCUUACUGAUCCGUAUCCUUGUUAUUUAUAGAUAUUCACAUAUGUUCUGGAAACCAAUCUUUAUACCCUGGAGCCGGUUGAUAUACGCGCAAAUCCUGCUGGAACCCCUCCUCCUGGGCCGGAAUACUCGCGAACUCCGGAUUGGAAACCACUUCGAUCUGCGCGGGAACGCCUUGCUGUUGCGACCGUUGCUCAUGUGCUACAGCUUGACGAGGGCAAACACGGAGAUUUGGCUGCCAUCUUUCUUAUCCAUAUAAUUCUGCUGUCCCAACUCACGCUCCCCGCACGGUUCCUCGCCCCCUUCGAUGUCGAUGAAGCUGUGUCCGCCGCUAUCAGCCCCGCCCAAGAUUUUUUGAAACGGCUCGUUAUUGCUUCGGGGGAUCUCCUCGGGAUCGGCGCUGUUUCCCUCGAGGAUGCGCAGAAUGAUCUGUGCGAUUAUGUCGAUGGCAGGCUUCUGUUGAAACUUAUUCUCACACCUGAAGAACUAUCCGAGGAGGCAAAGCAAAAGUUUUCGAUCCUGGCUAAUCAUGUUGAAGCCCUUUGCGGCAAGCGCCCUGAACUGCCGGUUCUUUCCAAGUCGGUGGAUCUAUCGUUCAUCGAACUUCCUGUCGUCAGGAGGCGCAAGAUAUUGGCGUUCAGCAAUCCGGCAUUUGACAAGUACCUGAAGGAUAUUAGGCUCCCAAUCGACAUUAUGGCCGAAGAGGGAAGCGAAGAUCACGAGGAGGAGGAUGACCAGACAUAUUAUGAAAAAACGCAUUGGCACAACCCGAGAAAUCCUCUCGUUACGGCGCGAAUUCGGGCACAGAGGGCACUCCCGAAACCGGUAGCAAAAGUGCGAGGAGCCGUAGCAGUCGCACCCAGUGCAAAACCUCAAACUGAAGAUCAGGAAAGGGCCGCGAGGCGUGCGGGAGGCAGGGCACGGAAAUGGGAGCAAAUAUACCUCAACCAGAUGUAUCAGUAUGCGUCUAGUUUAACCGAUAGCAUCGACGGAAGCCUAAAUCCGAAGCUUGUGACAGUGGAGGAGAAGGCUAAAAAGCCCCAAGCUGCUGGAAAGAAGACAACGGUCAAGGAGGAAAAGAACGCAAAGCCGAACAAGAAAGAUGGUCCGUCAAAGGGGAAAGGUAGCGGGAAGCUCUCCGCCGCAGACAUAAUAAGCCAAAACAACGCUACAAAAAAGGCCGGGAGAGAAGCAAAGCUUCAUGACUCUUGGAAGAGUGUCUGUGAUGAGGUCGCAAACGUUAAGGACGAUGAGAGUGCUAUAUCACGGCUCGAAAUUUGGCUUGCUGCAUCACAAAAGGCAAUCUCUGCUGGUGUCGCCGAAAACAAGGAAUGGCCUUUCAUUGAGGCGGAAGCGCGCUUGUAUAAGAUUCAGCUUCUCCAGCGAAUAUGGGCUGGUUAUUGCAAGCGCGGAGAGCAGGAGCACGGUUAUGCAGCUGCCUCCGCGCUGUUCAACGAAGCUCGCCUUGCUCUCUUCUCCGGAGGUAUGACACGCAAGGUUCACCAAAUUUUGAGCAACGUAUUCGAAGCCUUUGGAAUCCUCAAACCCCCGAGCGAUCCGCUAACCUCCCUUCCGGAUCGAAAAGUCCUAUUCGCCAAACUCUGGGAUGGAAGGUGCGAAUCCGCCGAUACUAGACUUGGUAUGACGAGCGAGGAAUUCCAGCUUUUGCAUUGCGGGCCUUGGAUGGAUAGAAACAUGGACUCUCGACCUGAUCCCCGUGUACCCUUCAAACCCGACGGAUGGCAGAGGAGAGUUUUGGAUGAACUAGACGAGAAUAAUUCGUUAUUCGUGGUAGCCCCAACUAGUGCGGGAAAAACCUUCAUCGCGUUUUACGCUAUGGAAAAGGUUCUCAAGGAGAGUGAUGAAGGUGUUUUAGUCUAUGUGGCCCCUACAAAGGCAUUGGUGUGUGUUCCUGUUCUCAUUCACAUUUAAUCACUCGCAAACUUCGAUGCUAAUUUGUGAUUUAGGUGAAUCAAAUUGCAGCGGAAGUCAUCUCGCGGUAUAAGAAAAACUACCGUUAUGCCGGGAAGACGGUCUGGGCUAUUCACACACGCGAUUACCGGAUGAACAACCCCAACGAGUGCCAAAUCCUCAUCACGGUCCCCGAAAUUCUUCAAAUCAUGCUUAUGUCCCCCCCGAAUGCCAAAAGUUGGACGCCCCGUGUUAAACGCAUCAUCUUUGAUGAAGUACACUCUAUCGGCAAUGCUGAUGACGGUAUUGUCUGGGAACAAUUGCUCCUACUUGCGCCAUGCCCGAUCAUCGCUCUAUCAGCAACUGUUGGAAAUCCGGAAGAAUUCGGUUCUUGGCUUGCGUCAGCGCAGAGGUCUGUUGGCGUAAAGCUUACCGUUGUCCAGCACCCAUCCCGUUACUCCGAUUUACGCAAGUUCGUGUAUAUUCCGAGGAAAGGGAUGACCUCGUUUGAGGGAAUGCCCCAGAAAGUUUCGAGGUUCAACCAGUUGGAAAUGGCUGAUUACGUGCGGGCUGUUCAUCCGGUUGCAACGCUUGCUAACACUAAGCGGGGCAUACCGAACGAUAUGUCACUUGAGCCGAAGGAUUGCCUACAACUUUAUUGGGCGAUGUCGAAAUGUCAAACCUCGGAGUGUCCUUUCCCGAAGGUUCUUGACCUUAAAGAGGUUUUCGGCACUGAAGGAAAGGUAAUAACCAAAGCGGAGGUGUUCAAGUGGGAGGAAAAAUUGAAGCAAGUCCUUCAUAAUUGGAUGAAGGACGCGGAGCCAAUAUUUGCGGAAGUUACUAAGCUGUUAGCAGCCGAAGCAGUAAUGAAAGCUGUGCCGGACAAGGAAUAUGAAGAUGGAGGUGACAGCGGAGCGCCUGCGGAGGGAAGUGGUCCCUUGCUUGUGGACCUUCCUCCUCCGAGCUGCACGAGGGACUAUUUGGAGAAGACUACGCUACCGCUUCUACAAGCACUUCAUUCCGCAAACGCUCUACCGGCAAUUCUAUUCUCAUACGAUCGCCUUCUGUGUGAAAAAAUUUGCGCCAUGCUUUGUUCGCAACUGGAGACCGCCGAAAAAAUCUGGCGCGAGAAUAGUCCCAAGUGGCAGAAAAUCAUCAAGGACUGGGAAAAAUAUAAGGCUGAUAGGGGUUCGCGGGGGGCUAAGAAAGCGAAAAUAAUUCUUCCCCCAGGAUCUACUAAGGCAGAUAUGAUGCGCGAGACUGCCGAACAUGAUAGUAGCUUCUGGUCUUCGUUCGAUCCCCGCCAUCCAUCGCCAGAGUUUUCAUUUGCCGAUUUUAAGAAACACGCCAAGUCGGAUUUGCAGGCUGAUAUCGAUAACUUGAUCCACUGGGGCAUUCCAGAGGGAUUGGUCCAUGCAUUUUCACGCGGUAUUGGGGUGCAUCAUAGUGGUCUGAAUAGGUGUGUUGUCUCUCCAGCUUUAGUUUUUGGCUUUUUUUAAUUUUUGGUCAGGAAAUAUCGUCAAGCGGUGGAGAUGCUCUUCCGAAAGGGCUAUCUUCGCGUGGUCAUCGCUACUGGCACCCUUUCGUUAGGUAUCAAUAUGCCAACUCGCAGUAGUGUAUUCGUGGGAGAGUCGGUUUACCUCAAUUCACUUAAUUAUCGCCAAGCAGCUGGUCGGGCUGGGCGUCGAGGAUUCGACAAUCUGGGAAAUGUUGUAUUCCACGCCUUCUCACCUGCGAAAGUCGAGAGGAUUAUGUCUUCAAAGCUUCCAUCAUUGAUUGGCCAUUUCCCGAUUAGCACUUCCCUAGUGCUCCGCUUGUUCAUAUUGCUUCAUAAUUCCAACGAGUCCGAUCAUGCAAAGCAUACAAUAAAUACCCUGCUUAGUCAGGGGAAGCUAGUGAUUGGAGGAGGCGAGUUUAAGGAACAGGUUCUCCACCAUUUACGAUUCUCCAUCGAGUUCUUGCGCAGGCAGAAGCUCAUUGGCUCGAACGGACGGCCGCUUAACUUUGCCGGUUUGACUAGUCACCUAUACUACGUUGAGAAUAGUAGUUUUGCAUUACACGUUUUGCUCUGCAAUGGCUACAUGAAAGAGCUAUGCAAGAACAUCAACAAAUCCCCCGACAGCGUUUGCCUGGAACUCAUGUUGGUCUUGGCCAAUAUAUUUGGCCGGGAGCAAAAGUGCUUUCCUAGGCACAAGUCACUUCCACCACUCCCGGCCGCUGCCGCCGAACUCUUGGCGGAUCAGAACGAGCGAACUUUGAGGACCUAUGUGGCGUACGUGGAGUCUUUCGUCAAGUCGUAUUGCAAAAAUACGGACAACGUGCUGCCGUUUUCCGGACUUGAGUGCGGCGCCAAAGGAACGAUCGAAGAACCCAACGUGAAGUCCCGCUCAUCGUUUGUAGCUCUCUCCGGCCACGGCGACAACUUCACCUCGGUGAAUGAUCUCACCAGCUCCGUCCGUCGCGGAGUUUUGAUCGAUGGCGCGUCUGUCCCUCACCUCCCGGCUGAUGACUCCUCCACUGUGAACGGAUAUUUGUACUACUUCUACAUCCACGGUGAUGUCAAGAAACUCGAUCAGCAUCACGGCAUCCAAGCCGGGAGUGUUUGGUUCGUCCUCAAGGACUUUUCACUCGUUCUCGCCGCGAUAGAAACGGGUCUGACAUGCUUUAUCCGGGACGGGCCUGGCGCUUAUUACGACUUUAAAGACGAGGGGGAUGACGUCGAUGGGGAUAUUCACGAAGAUGAUGAGGAUGAUAAGGAAAGUGUAGCAGCGAGUACAACUACCGAUGAUGGGAGUAGUGGGGUCAGUUCCGAGGCUGUGGAUCCGGGGUUCAAAAAUGUACUGAAGGCGGUCACGAUUCUCAGAAAAAGGUUUGAAGAGAAAUUCAAGAAGAUGUGGGCCUGAUUCCGAGCCCUUGUUUCUUUCCUUUCGCCUCUUUUUUUUUUCUCUUCCCUUUUCAGUUGCCUUUCUGUGUUUGUUUGGCUUCCGGCACUCAUGUCCUCUGUUCCGCCCAAUUCAAUCCCGUUUAUUUAUUUAUUUAUUUAUUUAUUUGUUUAUUUAUUUUUCCUUUGAUAAAAUGUGAGAUUGGUC